CAUCCCGUGGUUCCCCGCGGCGGCGGGCGGGCUGCGGCAUGGCGGCGGCGCUGGCGCUGCUGGGCCGGGCUGCGGGCCUCGCCAACGGAGCGCGGCGGCUGCUCGGGGUUUGCGGUGUUGGACGCGCGGCGGAGGCGGGCUGUUGUCGGGCCAUGAGCUCGGCCGAGCGCCCGAAGCGUCCCCUCAGCGCAUAUUUCCGCUUCCUGAGGGACAAGCAGCCGCAGUUCCGCCAGCAGAACCCAGGACUGAACAGCUUGGAGCUGGUGAAGAAGCUGGCAGGUGUGUGGAGGGAGCUGCCGGCCUCGCAGAAGCAGGUUUAUGAGGAGGCGAGGAAGACAGACUGGCGAAAAUACGAAGAGCAAUUGGCUGCGUACAAAGCACAGCUGACUCCAGCCCAGGCUGCAGCUUUGAAAGAAGAAAGGAGAAAACGCCUGGCGAAAAGAAGAUCCUUCAGGAUAAAGAGAGAACUGACUGUGCUUGGAAAACCAAAAAGACCUCGAAGUGGCUUCAACAUUUUUGUAUCAGAAAACUUUCAGCAGAGCAAAGGACUUUCACCUACGGCAAAGCUGAAGCAGUUAUUUGAAACGUGGCAAAAUCUAUCCGCUUCUCAAAAGCAGCCCUACCUGCAGCUCGCUCAAGACGAUAAGGUUCGGUAUCAGAAUGAAAUGAAAUCGUGGGAGGCAAAAAUGAUUGAGCUUGGACGCGAAGACCUGAUACGUUCCAGAGAGCAGCGGCCGAAAAAGAAGACUGACACCAACACUGCCCGGGGAGGCUCCAAAGCUAAGCUACAUGAAAGCCUGGCCAAACUGAAGCUGAAAAAGCCUGAAGAAUAAACGGUUCUGUAUGUAAUGUCUUUAUCCUGCUGUGCUAAUGCUGCAGUCAGGGUGAGGACUGAAGGCUGCAAAACCCUCAAGGCGCCGGAGAGAUUGGAAAGGAGGGUGAUGGGGGAAGAGAAUGGGGUGUCAAUUGGAUCUGAUUGAAUCAUGGCAGGUGUAUAAACUGAGCUGUGUAAUGAGAAUCAGGUAAUCAAGCUGUGAAUGGUGGCACUCACCGACAUCAGCAGAGCUCUCCUACUAUGGUAGAUAGCUUUUGUAACAGGCUUUUUUUUAAUGAAAGCAAGAUUAUUCUACUAUAUUACCACUUCUGUAACUAGGAGCUGAGAUACUGCUGUUUUAUUCCCUCCAUGGUAGUGAUAGACAAGGGAAGCAUUUCAAAUGUGACGUGCCGACUUGUGGUUUGGUCUUUUUUUUGUAUGUAUCACUGCGUGUAUACCACUUCCAUGGUGUUUCAUUAAAGCCCAUAUGAAUUUUGUACAAA